AGUGAUGAGGCGGUCCGUUUCACCGUAAGUGAUUGCAUAGACCUAUUUGGGUUACUAUAUUUUUGUUAUCCACUAAUUUCACUCAGGAGUUUUUUAAAGCCAAAUUGUGAUGCACUGUCGGUCUUGUUUUUGCAGUUCAAAACAUGUAUGACCACGUAUGCAGAACUAACACAAACUCGAAGAAGCCGCUUAAACUUCCUGGCUUAAGUCCUCGUAGUAGUUCAACCAAACAUGAUUGGGAUUCUGUCGGGACAAUAAAGUUCUUCACUGACAAGGAUGAUGAUAUUAGUGGCCUGGAUGAAGCAAUGCGGAAUAUUAGUAUGGGUUCUCGACAGCCCAAUGAGACAAAUGGCAAAGACCCUACUGCAUAUACAACCUACAGUGAUGAGUUGAAGCAACAGAGUAAAUCAGGUGUGGAGAUUGCUAUUGAGGCCACAAGUAUUUCUGAAUCGGUUAGCCUUGUGGAUCCAAUUGAUUCAAACGAAACGGAUAAAACUGUACACUGUGAUGAAGAUGAAUCUGUUGGCGUAUUCUCAUUCAGUAGUGACUCACUCAUGAGCUCAAGUACUCCUCCGAAUACCACGGGCAUCUCCAAAAGCGGCGAUCGAAAUGCUCCGUUUUACACACAUGACUCCAAUGAUAUAUCUGCGUUAAAGUCAACCGGUCGUCACACUUCAUCUUCUCUAAAAUUCACCACAGAUGAUAAUCCAUUGGGUGACGAUUCUGAUCUUCACUCUCUUUCAGAAGUGUUGCCAAGUUCAUCAACGGAUUUUAAAAUCCAUAGUACAACUGUUGUCAAUAUUCCCAUCGUUAAUCAAUCUGUAGGUAGCAGUGUAUUGCUAAGUGAAUCGGAUAAAAUCACUGACUCCUCUGUCAUGGGUAAUCAACUGGAUUCUCAUGAUAUAAGAAAGCUUUCAACAAAUUCCACUGUUGAGCAGGUAAAAAAAGUUUCUGACGCUUCUCAGUCGUCGUCUGUCGUGAGAGUUAAAAGUGACACAUUUCCAUCCACCUCUUCUACACCUACAACUACAAACACUUGUCAGGUUCCCAGCAAAAUUACUGAGUCUAUACAUCUGCCUGCUACCAUUCCCAAAUCGAUUCCUUCUAACCCUCCUAAUUCUUCUUCACUGGGAAAUACAGAAGUUAAACAACGGCAUAUCAUUGCUGCGUCAUCAUCAGAGCCUACAAAUGCUGGAAUAAAUCCAAAACACAGUCCACUUGGAACCACAAAAUCGAAACUACAGAUUUUACCUAGAAGACAUAAAUUCUCGUCUUGGAUACUAUACACGUCUUGUGCAUUGGGUUUAUUUUCAACUUAUUGGCUAUUUAGUGGAUUCGUAUGGGGUCUAAUUAUCGGUUGCCUGCUUACAUAUACGUGUAUUUCUUUGCGUAAUUAUCUGUAUACCUCUACUGAGUGUACUAAUCAAACUCUGUGUCCUAUAUCAGGCUUACCAUUGAAUCAGUUGUGUUGUUCAUUGCAUUAUCGACAAGAACAAGAAGGCUACUAUCAAGCCUCACAAUGGUGGCCAAUCUAUUCACCCGCCAUGCCAAAUAUAUCUUCUCUGUUGUCUAAUACUAAUACUGCUACUGGGAAUAAAAGUAUACAAUUGAGAAAUCUACCGAAUUUCACUGUGCCAAAUAUGCUUGAAGAAGAUGUGAACAAGUCAACAUCAUCUGGUCCAUUGGGAAAUAGUCUAGGCUUUAAAUAUGAUAAAAGUGGAAGACCAAUUUAUAAAGGCUGGUUAAAUGAGAUUACGAAUUAUGACCCUGAAACUCAUCAUAUUGGUAGGACAUUUUCAGUUUUUAUUACACUUGAUGGUACACAAUUACGUUUACAACGUCCUGAACACAAUAUCACCCGUCGAUCACUGUGGAAUGAUGAGAUUCCAUCCACCACAACUAUGCGAUUUAAACAACAACGUAUCUAUGACUUAUCUGAUUCCAGCAUAACACUUCUUCCGUAUGGAUUAGUUGGUAAACGUCUGUGGAGUAGAAAGUAUCCCAUAUGUAUUACUGUCCCAUUCCAGAACAAAUCCAAGCGAAAAACUGAAAGACUUAAUUCAUUGCCGUCAUCAACAAGUUUUCCGAAUAUCUUGUUAUCUACGGCUGGGGGUAAUUCAACAACCAACGAGGUAUCAGAUUUGUUAGUCGAUACAUCUGUUCCAUCAACUACUGGCGAUAUGGAAUUCCCUGAUGAUACUAGUGUCAGUGCAUUCCCGACACCGGAUAAAAAGUCUGUAAAAACUCUUUACCUAUUUGGAAGAACCUGUCGCGAGAAAGAAACAUGGUAUCGUAGAUUGAAAGCUGCUUCGUUAGGUGUGCCUUUAAUAUGGACACCGCAACUGGCAGUACAAAAUUACCUGUUGGCUUCAGAUAAUAAUAAUACUAACAUUAGCCUUCCGGAUUGUUUAAAUACUGUUACUGCUUCGACGACUGCAUCUGGUGUUGCUAUCAAUAAUGAAGUUUUAAGUGAUGAUGAAAGUCGUCUUGAUGCGAACACGACAUCGAAUCCAGUAACAACUAGCUGGGAUUCAACAACCAAUACUUCUGCUACUGCUACUACUGCUACUACUUCUAGCUUGAGUAAUACAAAUAGUGUCGGUAGUUCAUCUAGUGUAAAUUUAUCAAGUUAUGGUGCUGCAAUGCCUGGUAGUCGUGAACCAGUUUAUGUUUCAUAUAUUCGAUACAUGGCUAAAUUUAUGCCAGCUGGUUGGCUUGUACGCAGUGCUCAAGCAUUGAAAUUGAAUGUGAAUCAAAUUAACUGUGAUACAAAUAUGAUAUGGUUGAAUGCUUUAAUUGGUCGUUUAUUGUGGGAUUUUUUACGUGAAGCUUAUUGGCUAGAACGAAUUAGGAAUAAAAUUCAAGCAAAGCUGAAAAAGAUACAUCUGCCAAACUUCAUUAAUGAACUCACUGUGGUGGAUAUUGAUUUGGGCUCAGAGAUACCUGUGUUAAGACGUGUUGGAUGUCCUUAUCUUGAUGCUCAUGGACUCUGGAUUGAAAUUGACAUUGGUUAUGCUGGUGGAUUUUCGUUCGCUUUAGAAACAAGUGUAAAUUUAAUGCGUUGGAAUCAAAAGCUUCGUGAAGAGAAAGAUAAUAACAAUUCAACAGAUAAUUUCACUCAGAAUUCGCCUUCAUCGAAUGAAUCAAUACAAAGGAUGAAUUCACGCUCCACCACAAAAAUGGCUGCUUUUGUCUCUGAUGAAGAAGACAGUGCUGAUUCUACAACUGACUCGGAACUAGAUGAAUCGGCAAUGAACCAAAAUUCUAGUCCUACAAACAGUUUACGAUCUGGAAGAAAUUUGCCCUCAGUCGGUUUGAAUACAAGUGUACUAAAGUCAGGUGAUAGUGAACGUAAUAAUCUCGAUGAGAGGUUUCCUAUACGUACCUCUCCAGUUUCACCGCAUCGGUAUGUAAAUCUCACAGUAUCUUAGCUAAACUAACCCUACCUAAUAGAAGAAAUAGUACUAGUCUAAUUAAUAUGAAUUUAUUAGCUAACUCAUUUUUUUCUUAUCAUCCUUGUAUGCAACAUUUUUACUUGUAAUCUCUAUCUAAUCAAGGAUUAGUAAAAGAAUGAUAUUGUAACUUUUAAAGAAUAGAUUUCUCGCGUUACUUUUCAACUCAUGUCUUUUUCUACUGGUGUAUUUAUUUUACUCGGUUAGGUGUGGGGGAGAGGUAUUUAACAUUAUUUUAGUCUCCCUGAAUUGGAACAAGUGAGAGAAGAGUACAUUGAAAUGAGAGCUCGUCCUCACGUUAAUUUGACAAUCGUGUACAUUGUGUUUCCGCUUUUUUUUUUCAAAAGCUAUUCUGUCACCAGGUGUCCUAAUCGAUUUAUUUUUACGUGUUAACCCACAUACAUUUAUAUUUAUGCUACAGCAUAAUAAAGUACGUUUGUAUGCAAAUUCUUCUUGCAGAGUAACCCAGGUGCAGAUUGAACAAGUAUUGUGUUUUUUAGUGUACAAUGGUGUUUUUAAGCUAUGUCAUGUACACUGUAUCUUCAAAAUUUCCUGUUCACACAAAUUCAUUUUUAUCAUUUCUCUUCAGUAGUCAAAAGAUUUUAGCUUUCAUCAGUCGUUCAUUAUUGUAACUUAAAUUACACACACACACAUAUAUAUAUUGGCACUAAUCUAGAAUAGUUUGGAGUAUAAAACAUGCUUCCGGGGUAUUAAUAGUCUAUUAGCCAUGUUUAUUACGUAGAAACCAUGCUUUAUUACUACAGUUUUUGCAGAAGGUUUACUAUAAUAUAUGAUAGGAAGACAUCAUUCCUAAUGAAAGAAUGGUUCAGCCACCCUUGGGUGCAUAAAGCUCACUAAUUAGGCCGUAUAUAGUGUACAGUGUUCAGUAUUGAAAAUUUAAACGAAAUAGUUAGGGCGUUUUAGCUAACACUUCCUAUCAUUCACCACCAGAUGUGCUAAAUUUAAAUCCACAGCUAUUUCCUUUGAGAUUUUAGUCUAUUUAUGUGGUUUCAUAUUUACAAAAAGUGUAACUGUUAGGUUCACAUCUUCACCUUCAAAUACUAUGUGUCAUUGCUCUAUGAACUGGUGCGUAAUAUCCUUAUCACUUGAUAGAUAAACAGAUAGAUGGAUGAGUGUUGUCGUUGUCUAUUUAUCCCUAAUAAGGUGCAAGUGUUUAACAAAAUGUUAACAUCUAGGAUAAUUUCUCAACUUUUCGUCGUUUAACCCUGAACUGCAUAUUAGACUCGUAAAUAGUUCUGUACAAACUGAUGAUAUGUUGAAUUUCUUUUUUUGGUUUGUUCAUAGAGAGUUAUUUACCAAGUCUUCAAUCUUCUGGCUCACAACCUUUUUCAUGAUAUACUCUUCUUCUGUUAUAAAAUUCACUCACAUUUUCUCCAACUGGUUUUUAUAUGCUAACAGUUCUCUAUCUACCUUUGUUGGUGAUAUCAAAAAUUUCAUAAAAUUAUCAAAACUUUUUUUUUAGCUAAAAUAAUUUUCAAGCCUCAUGUGUAAUAAUAUUUAUUAUUUUAUAGACUUUCAAUCAAUCAGAUCACACAUUUGAUGUGAAAAAAAAGUAAUUAGAUGGAAUUCAUGGCCUGGUUAUUACUUUGUGUUUGCUUUAUCUUGUGUAAACACUGUUUAUUUCUUGGUGGUUUAGAUUUCAACGUAAACGGUGCAUUCAGUUUUAUUGUUGCUACUAAGUCUAUAUGGAUUAAUUUUUUUCCUUUCUUUGUUGGUUAAUAGUGCAGUGAAUCUACAACCUGCUUUACCAUCACGUCGACGGAUUAUACGAAUUGUCGAUCGUAUCACAAAGUCGUCGUAUUUCCAGAAAGCUGUUGAUACUAAAUUAGUUCAACGAGGUAUGGAGCGCUUGUCAAAUACACCGAUUGUAUUACAAGUUGAGAUACAAAUGUUAAGUGGUCAACUAUUAGUCAACAUUCCUCCACCGCCUAGUGAUCGUCUGUGGUACGGUUUUCGUCCUACACCAACUCUGCGAAUUAAAACACGUCCUCGUGUCGGUGAAAAGGUUGUUACUAUGUCACGUAUAUUGGAAUGGAUUGAAAAGAAAAUUAUUCUUGAAUUUCAGCAUUUAGUUGUUUUACCUAAUAUGGAUGACUUGAAAAUUGGUCUACUUCUAUCCGACGCCACCUCAUCAUCAACACCAUUGUCAUCAUCAUCAUCAUCAUAAAUGGUUACAUUCACAGAUAUUCCUCAAAAUUGGUGAACCAGGAGAAGCGAAUCGCGAUCGCUUCAUCGCAGGGACUGGCAACAAAUGCAACCAACAUUCUGUUUUAUUGUUUCACAUACGGGGUUUUCCUUUCUCUUCUAUUACACAAAUUAUCAAAUAUUUAUUUUGUAUAACUGUUGUUUUAUGCUAAUUUGGUAAUUUGGAUUAAAGUGAUGCUAAUUAAACAGAAUCUCUGUCAAAUACACUGCUAAGUAAUUGUCCAGCUUUUCUUUCAUUUCAUUCAACUAACUAUUAAAUGUUGAUAUCUUGUUGAUGAUUGGAAUGAUGACAUUGUGACAGUUGUAUUAUAUAUAUCUGUGUAACUUUUAACAUAUAUACAACCAAUCUGCAGUAUUUAUUCCUUCUGUUCCAUGUACUCUUAUGUAUUCAUCAAUUAUUCACGCCUCCUCAUGUGUAUGUGCCUCGCACAUACUUCGCAAUAUUGUUUCAUCCUGUACGCGAAACCUUGACGAACAACACCUGUCGAUGAUAAUGAGCUAAGAAACCAGGUGAAUUUUCUGAAUCAUCUGAUUGUGUAUUCCACCUUCCAUCUACGUGUAAACUAAGCUUUCUUUUAUGUUUUUGCAAACAAUUUUAGUACUAUACUAUAUUUUGUGUAAAAUGUGAUCAAGACACACUUGUUCCGAGCUCUUCAUCUGUGAUUAUAAACAAAAAAUGGCUUUAUUUUCCUGUUUAAUUCAUUUUAUCUGCCAAAAACUGUUCCUCUUGUCUUUUGGUAAUAUAUUUUGUUGUUUUUGU